UAAUUAAAAAAGAAAUGAUUCGUCCUCACACCCUUCGAAUAUAGUGAGCAGACCCGCCCACCCAAAGCCAGUGGAGAAGAAGCAAUAAUGGCUCUCUUAUUCACUUCUGCUCACUCUUCCCUCUUCUCCACAAACCCUAACAAGCCAUUUCCAUUACGUUCCGUACUCUAUUCACUCCCAUCUUCUUCUUCUCUUUCCCUCCAAAACCCUAUUAGAACCCGAGUCGACCGAUGCCGCUCCCUCCGCUUACGCUCAUCUCUCUCCGAUCAAAACUCCGAUCCUGUUCCUGGAAACCCCCCCUCCGAAUCCGGAGAUGAGCUCGCCGGAGGAAUGGCCAAGGUCACCAACGAAUGGGGCGAAGAGGCCGAGCCUGAGGAGCUUACUUCAUCCACGAAGCUUGCUGACUCAGACCCUCCCAAGGAUGAGGACGAAUGGGGAGGGGCAGAUCGUUCUGGGGGUAUCGAUAAUGGCUGCGCGGAUAGUAUUGGGGCUGAAACGGAGGAUUUGGGUGUGAAUGAUAAGCUUGCGGAGCUCAAAAGGUGCUUGGUGGACAGUGUAUACGGCGCUGAGUUGGGGUUUCGGGCUAGCUUGGAGGAGAGAGCUGAGAUUUUGGAGUUGGUGAAUCAAUUGGAAGCUGUAAAUCCCACGCCAGCACCGACGUCGGCGCCGGAGCUUCUUGAUGGAAAAUGGAUUUUGCUGUACACUGGAUCUUCCGAACUUUGGCCACUUUUGGCAGCAGGUUCGACACCAUUGUUAAAAGUAGAUCAGAUAAGCCAAUCAAUUGACACCAGGAGUCUCACUAUUGUGAACUCGACCACAUUAUCCAACCCCUUAUCGACUUUCUCUUUCAGUGCAUCUGCUACUUUUGAAGUUCGUAGUCCCUCAAGAAUACAGGUUCAAUUUAAGGAAGGCACCUUUCAACCUCCAGAUAUAAAGUCAAGGGUUGAUCUCCCAGGAGAAUUGAAUGUGUUUGGGCAGAAAAUCAACCUGGCUUCUUUGCAGCAAACACUGAAUCCCGUUCAGGAGGUUGUGGCAAAUAUCUCUCGUGCGAUUUCUGGUCAACCACCUCUUAAGCUUCCCAUUCCAGGCGAGAGGAACAGCUCCUGGCUUCUCAUAACAUACCUUGAUGCAGAUUUUCGAAUCUCAAGGGGAGAUGGUGGUCUUUUUAUUCUUGCUAGAGAAGGGAGUACUCUUCUAAAUCAGUAGCCAUGUACAUUAAGUUCGGCGGGUUAUCUACAAGAGUACACUUGAUGAUCUAUUCUCUCUUUCUUUUUUGAUAUAUUUUUAAAGUUUCCUGUAGAAGGGAAAAAGAGGGUAUGAUUGUCAUCUUGUAUAUGUUAAAUGCUAUUACAAGUUGGGAGUAAAUUAGAACAAAUAUUAAGGAAAUAAUUCUAUAGGAAAAAAAAAUUACCUUCUAUAA